AUGUCAGUACCUAAUUUUCUACAACUUUCUAAUUGUUCUACAAUUGAAAAAGAUAAAAAUAAUCAAAAUCUAGCAGAUGUUUUACAAAAUUUAGAAGAUUUAAAUCAAAUUGCUUUUGAAUCUUGUAUGAAAGCUUUUCGAGCAAAUGGAAAUUUAAACUCUUAUCAAUUUUUACUGUUAUCUCAUUUAAAAUAUAUUUUUUCAAUUACAACUGAAAUGGCAAAAAGGAUAUCCAGAAGAAUAGCUAAUGAUAUCGAAUUAAUAACACUAGCCGAAAACUUAAAUCCAGGUAUUGAUGUUAGGAAAAGUUGGAAUGAAUUUUGUUGUGAACAAACACCCACUACUUGGUUAAGUUUUAAAAAUGAAACAUUUGAAAAUUUUUUCAAAGGAUCGUUUUCAUGUAUCAAUGAGUAUAAUUUUAAAAAGGGAAUGCCAGAAUAUGAUGAAGAGAAAUCAUUAUCUAUAUUGAAAAGAUUAUAUACAAUAAAACAAGAACCAUUUGUUAUAGACCGUUAUAAAAUAUUUCUAGAAGAAAUUGGAGUUAACUUGUCGGCUGAAAAUGAUCAAGUUAAACCAAAAAGAAAAUGUGGUAGACCGAAGAAAGAUGCAACAAAUAAUACCAAAAAUCAGAAUUCUGAGGUUUUUAAAAAAAGAGGUAAACAUGUAGAAAAAGACAAUAAUAGUAAUAGAUCAAAUUCAAAAUUAGAGAAAAACAAGACUAAAGAAGCUGCGACUUCAUAUGUGGGAAAUUUAGGUAAAAAAGAAAUGCACACAAUGAUUUGUCAACGAGUUAUUCCAAUAAGUGAUACAUACAAACGAAAAAUAAUCAAUCGUUCGAUAGUACUAAGAAAAAGAGUUGCGUUAGGUGAAAUGUCUACACCUGAAGUUUCACAAAUUUUAGAAUCAUCUAAAAAUUCUGAAAGCAAUACUUCAAAAGAAAAAUCGCCAAAACCAACGGAAUUAAAACGUCGAAAAUUAACUUCAACAUUAUCUAAUGAAACUGAUGAAAAAAAUAUUAAAAAAAUUCCAAAAAAUUCUGCCUUUUCAAAAACACCUUCCUACAAAUUUAUGAGAAAAUCAGUUUUCUCAUCUGAAAAAAAUUCUCCAAAAUUUGUUAUAAGACCAAUUGCUUGUGCGGGAAAUAAUUUAUAUUCUAUUCCUAAAGUUAUAUUUAAAGCAAAUAAUUCUAAUUCAAUUAAAAAAAUUGAUCAUAUGAAUAACACAACUAGAUUUACAAAUGAUUCAUCUCAACAAUCAUUAAGUAUAUCAGACUACUCUACAACAUAUGAAAAUCUGUCAGACUCACCUUCUCAAAAAGUGGAAGAAAUAAAAUCACAAAUUAAUGGAAAACAUUCAGAAAAUAUUAGUCUAAUUAGUUGUGAUAAUAUUCAACAAUCAAAUAUAAAAAGCUUUCAAUUUAUUGCUUCAAGUAUGAUUGAGACCGAUAAAAAUUCUACUUAUAAUAUCUCUUUAAAUAGUGAUUCAUCUAAAGUUGUUAAAUAA